UCGCCGUCGUCGUUGCGUUGUCGCUGUCUCGCCGCACACCUUACCGAAAGCGCUACCGCCUACCACCGGGUAGCAGUAGUACGUUGGCAGAAUCUUUUCAUCCUCCAGCGCGUAAACCGCAAAUCUGUCGAUCGGAAUAUCCUGCUAAUUUCUUCAGCGGUCUGCAAAGAAGCAGUGAGCACGGUGACCGUCAGCCGCCCUAUCUUUCCCAGGCGCGGCACAGCACAUUGGUGUGACCGGGUGGUUUGUGUGGCGUUUUGCUGGUGUGUGAUCGAAUACGCCAAGUGCGCGACCCGGCCGACAGCCCGUCGUUUUGUUUGGCUGCUGUUUCUCCGUGAGCACCAGGAGGAGGCUGAAUUGUGUUAAGUGGUAGCGUGUGAAAGAUACAGUGACUCUUCCCCCAAAAACGACCAAAGCAAGUGUACCCGGUGUGUGCGUGAGUGAUUGUGUGCGGGAAAGCGAGAAGCAAGUGGGUGUGUGUGUUGUGCUGCAGAGGGCGAGAGGAGCAGGCACAGGUGGUGUGGAACGUUUCGUCGUCUCGCCGCAAACGGCGGUCUAUGACCGCUGGAAAGAAAGCAGUAGAAGUAAAGCAGGCAUCUUGCGGUAGAAGUGAACAGGAAAAGGCCUCAGGAUGAGUUGCCCGAUGCCGGAAAUUGGUUCCUGCAUCUCGCUGAUAUCGAAGGCCGAUAUCCGCUACGAGGGACUGUUGUUCACCGUUGAUCCGGAACGGUGCACGAUCGCCCUUGCUCGAGUGAAGUCGUAUGGUACCGAGGAUCGGGAGACCCAGUUCCCGAUUGCGCCGCAGAACCAAUGCUACGACUAUAUCCUCUUCCGCGGGACGGACAUCAAGGAUAUUCGGGUGAUCAACAACAACCCGGUCCCGAACGAUCCGGCCAUCAUGCAGAUGCAUCUGCCGCCGCAGCAGCCGCCCCAGAUGCCGAUGCCGAACAAGCUCGGCCAGCCGAGCUACCAGUCGCCCCAGGGCUUCAUGAUGCCGCAGAUGGGUGGCCCACCGACCGGUGGCCCGCCUGGCGGUCCGAUGGGUGGCGGUCCCCCUGUGACCGGCGGUCCGAUGGGUGGUCCACCACCGCCCGGCCAUGCACCGCAGAUGGGUGGUGGCGGCGGCGGCGGCCAACCGUACAACGCUUUCGGUGGAAUGAACAAUCUCGGAGAUGGCGCAGUGGAUGGUAAUGGCUCGAGCCCACAGCAACAGCAGCAGCAACAGCAACAGCCGCAACAGCAGCAACAGCAGCCUCAGCAGCAACAGGCGAUGGACAUGUUCCCGAAAGCAGGAACCACCGCGGCGACAGAUCUUCCAGCCGGGUUGUUAACAGGUACCCCCAACGCACGGUCGAUGCCAAAACAAUCGCCGUCCGCUUUUCUUCCAACAAUCGCUACGUCCGGCUCGGUGGCAAUGGUACCAGGAGCGUCUCCUCGCUCUUCCAAUGAGCAUGAGCAGGCCGUUGUUAGUGAGCGUGGAUCGGCAGGGGCCGUACCGGCUGUUUUUGGUGGUGUUGCUGCGGAACGCAGUACCAAGCGAAACGCUCAACAACAACAACAACGGCAGCAAGGAAGUGGAUCGCGUUCGGGAACUCCGAGCAACAUGUUGUCGCGUAAGAGUCCGACGGUGGACAUUGCUGUGCAGACGAACCAGCAGCAGCAACAGCAACAGCAGCAACAGCAGCAGCAGCAGCAGCAACAUGGACAGCCGCAACAGCAGCAGAUGAUGCAGCAGCAGAACAACCGCGACGGUGGCAAUAACAUGCAGCGCAACAAGAACAACCAGCAGCACCGGGGAAAUCAUCAGAACAACAAUAUGCGAGAGCGACGCGAUUCCGGCAAACAGCAGCAACAGCAUGGUGGCGACAAUCAGAUGAAGGAAAAUUAUAAGCCAAGACAGCAACACCAGCAACACCAGGGACAACAGCAGGGGCAACAACAGGGUGGUGGCCAAAACCGUGGCGGCUGGAACAACAAUCGUAACCACCAAAACCAAAACAAUGGUGGUAACGCCAUCAUGCGCCGUCCUCGUGGAAACAUUGGCCAGCCGCAGCAGCAGCAGCAGGGUGGAGCCGGCGGUGCCGGUGGAGGCCAACGUGCUAAGAAUUUGCUUAAGUUCGAAAACGAUUACGAUUUCGAACAGGCCAAUAGCAAGUUCGAAGAGCUUCGAUCGCAGCUUUCUAAACUUAAGGUGGGCGAAGAGUUGAAACCAGAGCAGAUCACAACCGAAACGUUGGACAAGAAGGACGAUUCAGGCAACGAAACUGGUGCCGGUGAGCACGAACAGGAGGAGGAAGAUGUCAUUUGCUACGACAAAGCAAAGUCCUUCUUCGACAACAUUUCGUGCGAGGCGGUCGAGCGCGCGAAGGGAAAGCAGCAGCGUACGGAUUGGCGCCAGGAGCGCAAACUGAAUACGGAAACAUUCGGCGUCGGGUCGACCAGACGCGGCGGAUACAACCGACGAGGUGGUUACUUCCACCGUGGCAUCAACUACCAUCGUGGAGGAAACAACUAUCGCGGUGGUAACAACUACCGGGGCCGCAGCGGAAACCGCAACAAUCAGUUGAACGGUGGCAACGGCAUGUCGCAUAACCGAUCGGGCGGGCAGCAGCAAAACGCGUCCGGCAACAAUGCUAAUGCAGGUGGCCAGCAGCAGUCGAAUCAACUGACCUCGACUGCCCCGGCCAGCCAGGAUCAGCAGCAACCAGCGGUCAUAGAAGUGGCGGCAGUUCUUCGGCCCGCCAACGAGUACAACAUAAAGGAAAAAAUCAUUCAAGCGAAUCAGGAAUCGUUCGCCAUUCCGACGCCACCGUCACCGCGGCAGCAUGUGAGCGGGGAGCGGCGGGUAACCUUCCGGGAGCAGCUGGUCGACUACGAACCGGACGAUUACAGCAGCGAGGACGACGGGUACGGUGCUGCUAGUGCUGGAGGGGGUGGAGAUAGUGGCGGCGGUGGCGGUGGAGCAGGUCCUUCCGGGCAUAAAAAGAACGCGCUCAUUAGAACGGUGGCCGAUGUGCAUCGGGAUGGUGGGAGUGGUGAGGUUGCCGAUGGUUCCGGUGCGGACACAAUCAUCGAGGAGCUGCACCUAGACGAUCGCCGCAAUGGGACACCGGAACAGGAACGGGAGGACGAAGAGGAGGAAGAGGAAGAGGAGGUGGUGGUAGAGGAGGAACAGCUCGAGGGAGACUACGACGAGGACGGUGGCGACGGGGCGGACGAUCGCAUGGAGAAACAUAAGACUGGUGUGGAGGGUGAAUCGAUCGUGUCGGAGGAGGAGGACGAGGAGGACAACGAAGUGGAAGAGGAAGCGACACUGCACGAGGAGCCGCAGGUAGAGGAGGAGGAGGAGGAGGAGCAGGAGGAAGAACCGACGGACGGUUCGAGCAUGGACACGGAGAUACACAACCCGGAGAGUAGCGAGGACAUUAGCAGCAGCCCGCUCAAGACGUACCGGAGCGAGGCGGACUCGCGCUCCGUUUCCGGCGACUCACAGGCCGAGGAGACAAACCCGGGCGAGGAGGACGGGAACGUGGUACAGUACGAAGAUGAUGACGAGGCGGAGGAUGAGCACCGUCGAACCGUCGGUGGCGAUGACUCAUCUUCCGACGGUGAGCGUCCGCUCGAAGCGCACCGGGCGAAACGGUCGACGACCUGCCGGCGGAAGUGCUGCCGGCACAAGAAGUCGGCCGGUGAGAAGCUGCCGUACUACAACGGCUUCCGCUCCGAGUACGGGCUGUCGCGGGAGGAGCUGGAGGAAAAGAAGCGACGGCAGGAGGCACGGCGGCAGCGGGUCCGCGAGCGGCAGCAGCGCCGUACGGCCGAGCAGCGCCAGAAGGCGCAAUCGAACGAGGAAGCAUUUGCGGCCUGGCUGCACGGCAAGCUGCGUAACUCAAUCAACAAGCACCAAAACAUGUACGACGUGAAGCAGAGCGGUUCGUCCGGUCGGCAGCAGCAGCAGCUCCAGAAUCCGAAAUAUCGUCGUCGAAACGGUAUCCACACGAUGCAACAAAUUUCCUACGGUUAGCGAAGAUACUGUAAAGCUGCAGUGAAUG